GGUAGCUAUGGCCUUAUCGAUGAGGUCGAUCUGGAUGCAACGAUAAGGCCUUUUGAGUUCCUUGUCAUUAUAAUUAGUCAGACUAUACUACUCCAACUACUAUGUCAAACAAGCCGGCCAUUCACCGCCAGCUGAACAUCAAGUCUGGCGUGUCCAAAAGGCUCUUGAAGGAACACAUCCUGUAUGCAAAAGAAGCAGAAGAGCAACAGCGGACGUUCGAUAAGCUUAUCGCCAAUAAAGCUGAAGAGUGGGACUUGAAAAGUGCCAAAAGGAUAUUGGAAGAGUCACACAGGAUGAUCAAGGAUUCUGAUAACCGUCUAGGCAAGGCGGUACAAGAUCUACGAGAACUCGUCCUACGAGUCAAGUCCCAACCUGAGUUUGCGGAAGAUAUCGAGCUCCUGCAUGCCGAGGAAGCACUGGAGGAGGCGAGCGUACACUUGGAUUCGAAGGUCUCGGCAUAGACGUGCAGCUCGUUAUAGUUUAGUUGGACUCAUGUAUUCAUUGCGUGGUGUGGGGAAGUGUGCACUGGUAGUUGUUCGUGCUGUUGUGACGUCUUGAGGCGUGUGAGGGCGUCGAGAAUGCCUACCCAUGCAUCUCGAUCGGUGCGCUCUUCUUGCAGGCCUCUGGUCCCUGUAGCUCUCGGAAGACCGACACCAAGUGAAGGGGGAACAAAACCAAGAGGGGGAGCUGUGAUUGCGGAUGGUGCGAUUCGUGACUGGCGUAUGUGAGCCAGUGAAGAGCGAAUAGCUACUUGAAUUGA